CUCCGAUCCAUGCUCUGAACUCUCACUUCGUUCGACCGACGAACCAUGGCGGACGGCUCCGGUAUCUACCAAUAUAUCAUUGCAUAAAGCUCAGCGACCGAGUUCUAGUUGUGUCAGUUCUCAUGCACGAAGAAGUCAUUUUCCUCACUCAGCAUAGUGGUCGACCAGACAUUCGAUAUGCAAGAUCGAGCCGUGAACUGAGCGCCUAAUUAUCUACCGGUACCUGGAUAUAACAAUCGAAUGACUACUGCUUCCGUCGGAGUCUUCGAGCUCUUCACGCGUAUUUCACAAUCAAUAACAUACAUAUAGCAUGGCACCAGCACGGGACAGCGAGUUCCUGCCAGAAGUGUGGGGUCUAUACUCCCUGGGCACCAUUUGGAUCCUCUUGCGAUUCGCCAUCCGCCUUCGCACUGACGGUAUUAGCGGCCUACGACUAGACGACGCUCUUGCCGUUAUUGCACUGAUGGCCUGGACGUACACGUGCACUAUCAUUCAGAUCACAUAUUACACAGGAACAAACACAGACUUUACAGCAACGGAGAUCGAGAAGUUCGAUCAGAUGAAGUACGAUCAAGUGGUUUACGGCAGUAAACUCUUCCUAGGGUCUUGGUAUGCCUACCUUGUCCUGAUUUUCACGCUUAAGGGCAUCGUGUUGCUAUUAUAUCGACGCAUCUUUUACGAACCUUGGCAGAAGUGGGUCUUGAUGACCACGACAGGUCUUUCUGUCCUUGGGUUUACGGCCCUGACCCUGGGCUUCACCCUCAGGUGCUUACCAUACCACCAAAGAUGGCAGCUUGUGCCACGACCACCAAUAAAGUGCACAGCCUCGCCCAAGAUCCUCAUCGCUACGAGCUGUGUCAAUGCAGUGACAGAUGUCUUCCUCCUCAGCGUCCCCGUCUCACUGCUCUGGAACCUAAACAAGCCCCUGAGAACUCGCCUUGCUGUCUUUAUACUUCUAGCUUCCGGGGUGUUUGUUCUCGCAGCGUGCAUCAUUCGUGUAUCGCUCACAGUUGUGCCAAACAUUUUUGUUCUGAACAUCGCACGCUGGGGCGUUCGCGAGUUUUGCAUCGCUAUAGUGGCAGUCAAUUCCGCAGCUUUACGGCCAAUGUUUUGCAAAUCGUUCUGGACAAACACAAAGUCCAUGCAACAAGUCCGGCAAACACGCAACAACUAUAUGUUUGCCUCGGCACAGCGUGCACGUCAUCGUCUUAGCGGUAGACGGUUUGGCAACCAGAUUCUUAACUCGACAUCCAAUAGAACUUCCACGAUUGAUGUCUACAUCCAACGCGAACUUGGCGAUGCAGAGAUCGUUUUCGACGAUCCGGACAAUCAGAUGACCAGCGUUUCGCCGGCUCGCAGUACUCUAGAGGUCACUCAGGGCGACAUCGAUCUGGAGAAAAGCGGUGCAUUCUCAACAGAAAUGCCCAGGAAAGACAGUGCGUUUCCGAGCCUCCCAGAUGCAUAUGUAGAUGCAAAUGAUGAAGGUAAAAGUGUUAGUGCUGAGGAUAAGGGGCCUUCGCAAAGCAGGCAAUAGAUACGAGAUGCUAUGUAACAUGCACUUUCCGUCACCACCGGUCUUGAUCUGCGAAGCAGGUGUACUUUUCAUUCUUGUAGAGGGUGCAUGCAGGAGUCAAAAUGGUGCAGAUAAGGAAUAUUUAUACCCUCUCAUUUUCGUUAAGCUAAUAUAUCCUGAGAAGUCGA